AAAUAAAGACAAUGUCGGAAAGAGUUCAACAAACGAUACGAUCAACGUAUACAUCUUCCGGUGGUUUUUUAUUGCUUCUCUUACUCUUCCAAACGGUUCAGCCACUUUUUUCUCUUCACAAUGCUCAGCAUUAUAACAAACGCUUACCUCAGGUGGGAGGAUCCGAAAAUUUACCAGCCGAUAAACGUACACUUACAUCUAGAAGUGGUAUUGGGGGAUCUGCAGGCCAACCGGAGGAAAUAUUUAGCGCAAGCGAUCAAUUGGAAUCAAACUACGAUGAAUAUCCAAUGGUGGUACCGAAAAGAGCAGCUCUUUUGCUAGAUCGUCUAAUGGUGGCUCUUCAUCAUGCCCUGGAAAAAGAACACAGUGGUAGUGCGAGAUUAAGUGAGUUUUAUAACAACAAAAACAACAACAACAACAAUAAUAAUAAAAAUAUUCCAACUGGAGUCAAUGAACGCAACAAGGGAAACGACAAAGAUGACAGCAUGCAGGACAAUAAAGAUUCUCCAUAUCUUGCCAUGUACAGCGAUGAUGAUCCAACUGUUAUGAUGGACUAUGAUUUCAAAGAUCUCAAUUCGAUAAAUCGAGCUACAGGCGAAACUUUAAUGGCACAGAGCUUUCAGAGAAGAGCGAACGUGGGCUUGGAUUUGGGUGGCGAUAUGGGAGUGGAGGGUGUUUCAUCAUUAUUAGAUGCAUCAUCUUCAUCGGCACUCAGUAGGGGACUUCUAAAUGGAUACAAUGGCGGUGAUAUAAGUGUCGGUGGUGUUGGCGGUGUUGUUGGUGUGGGGGGAGGACGAACAGCAACUUCGUACUGGCGUUGUUAUUUUAAUGCUGUGAGUUGUUUUUAAGCAUCCGUCAAAGC